CUUAUUUUGAGGAAUGAGCUAGAUUAGAUUAUUUUUCAAUAACAAUAUAUAGCUAAACUAAAAGCAUAUAUAGAUCUAGUGUCGCACAAAAAUUCUUGUCGCUACCAUAGUAGUAGCAUGUAUAAGAGCCGAAAUGAGAGCAGGCCCUCCGUAGCAUCGUGUAAUUAACCAUACAUGAACCUGGAAUUAAUAUAAUAGAAAAAUCAAGUAGUUAAUAAAAGUGAGUUGAUAAUGUAAAAAAUCGUUACAAAAUGAAAAAGAAACAUGAAAUAGAGGUAUGCAAAUUCAGGCACAUGAGGAAAAAAAAAAAGAAAAAAAAAGCAGAGUCGAAUUCCUAUAGCCAUCAUUUGACCAUUUAGAUACACUGCAUCAUAAUUAACUUUUUGGUCCUCAUAGAAGGUUCUUUUUCUGUCUAAACUAAUUAAGUUGGCCCCUCAAAACAUUCCAUUUAACUCAUUCUCAACCAUUCUUUAUUAUGCCAAACAAUAACACCCUUUUUGUGAAAUCCUUUAUAAACUAGCCACCUUGAACCAUAUUCUGCAUGAAAAAAACAAAAACAUGGACGAAGUGAAAUACAGAGGUGUUCGUAAGAGGCCAUGGGGGAAAUAUGCUGCUGAAAUUCGUGAUACUUCGAAACAAGGAGGGGUUCGUGUUUGGCUAGGCACAUUUGGCACUGCUGAAGAAGCAGCUCGAGCUUAUGAUAGGGCGGCUUAUAACAUGAGGGGAAAUUUGGCAAUUCUUAAUUUUCCUCAUGAGUAUAAUUUGCCUAGUAGCUCUUCUCAUUUUCACAAUAAUUCAUCGACAGGAUCAUCGUCUUCGAGUAAUGUGCAUGCAAGUCACGAUCAGCAUGGAGGAGGGCAAGUUCUUGAACUUGAGUAUCUGGACGAUAGGAUUCUUGAAGAACUUCUUGAUUGUGAUCAGCAACCAAAUAAGAGGAAAUGAAGAUCGUUAACAUCUCUUGUACCAAUAUAAAGCUAAGUAUUUUACGUAAUUUCUAAAUAAAACCUUAGUCUAACCAAAAACCGGAGUUGGAAAAUUAGCUGAAGGAGGGGGACUUAAAAUCUUACCUCGUAAUAGUCCAUAUAAUUGUAAAGUGUUGCACGGGCCAACAAUUUACAAUUAAUGGUGGUGCAUGUCAUAGUAUGCAACUAUAAUAAGACUUUGAAUGCUACAUAAGCAUAAAUAAGGAC